CCGCUGCACCUUGAACCUGUCAGAACAGCCUGUCCCGUCUAUUUUCUCCUCUCCUCCGUUUAUAAACACUUUCAUUAAAAAUGUCCAAUUUUCCACAUUUUCUCCGGCACGCGCCCGCGGCACUCACGCGGUUGUCGUGCGGCAGAAUCUCAGAGAAGUGCGUCAGAUUAAACGCGAGGUCUUUGAACGUUAGCGCGUCUGCUAAGUUCGCACCGAGUCACACACAUGGAGAUAAAGUCAGCUCCAGGUGUUACACGAGUUCAGCCCGGACCAGACCCGUCCGGAUCGGCUGUGCAUCCGGGUUCUGGGGGGACACAGCCGUCUCAGUGCCUCAGCUGGUUUACAGUGGGAAGCUGGACUUCCUGGUGUUCGACUACCUCAGUGAGAUCACAAUGUCUCUGCUCACCGCCGCCAAGACCAAGAUGCCUAACAUGGGUUACGCUCCGGACUUCGUCCAGGUGGCUCUCGCUCCGUUUAUUAACGACAUCCACAGGAAAGGUAUCCGCGUGGUGAGUAACGCCGGAGGUGUGAACCCUCUGGCCUGCGCCGAAGCCAUACAGGAAGUCAUCAAGAAGGCCGGCCUGGACCUCAAGGUCGCUGUGGUGACCGGGGAUGACCUCAUGCCCCAUAGAAGCAGUCUGUCAGAAGUCAAGAUGGCGGAUGGCAGCAGCAGACAGCAGUUACCUAAAACACUCCACAGUAUGAACGCUUACCUCGGAGCUCUUCCUAUCUGUCGCUGUCUGGAUCUCGGGGCGGACAUCGUGGUAACUGGACGCUGUGUGGACAGCGCCGUGGCUCUGGGGCCUCUCAUGCACUCUUUUGGAUGGGAGACGACUGACUAUGACCUGCUGGCAGCUGGGAGUCUGGCAGGUCACCUGAUUGAGUGUGGAGCUCAGAGUACAGGAGGGAUCUUCACCGACUGGCACAAAGUCCCUGACUGGGACAACAUGGGUUUCCCUGUGGUGGAAUGUUCCAGCGACGGCUCCUUCGUUCUUUCCAAACCGCCCAAAACCGGCGGCCUCGUCUCCUUCGGCACGACGGCCGAGCAGCUGGUGUACGAGAUUGGUGACCCGCGGCGAUACCUGCUGCCCGACGUGGUCUGUGACUUCAGCCAGGUGUCCAUCAAGGAGGUGCCAGGUGUAGAUGGAGGUGCUGUCAGAGUGACGGGGGCUAAAGGUCUCGCUCCAUCACAUGACUACAAGGUGUGCGCCACCUACAUGGAUGGUUUCAGGGCGACGGCGGUGUGUCCAGUCGGAGGCCCGAGAGCGGCAGAAAAGGCUCGAAGAACCGCAGAGAGCAUUAUCAAACGGACGAAGCGAAUGUUUCAGCAGUUAAAGUUUGAAGAUUUCAGCUCCGUCAACAUCCAGAUCCUUGGAGCCGAGGACACAUACGGCCCCAACGCUCGCAGACAGGGCUCCAGAGAGGCCGUGCUCUGGAUGGCCGUCCAUCACAAACAGAAAAAAGCUCUUGAGCUCUUCGCCAGAGAAGUCGCUCCUGCAGGAACCGGCAUGGCUCCCGGACUGACCGGCAUCGUGGGCGGACGACCCAGAGUGUCUCCCGUCCUGAAGCCGUUUUUCUUCUUACAUCCCAAAUCUGAGCUGAAGGUGGACAUUCACAUCAGUGGAGAGCUGGUGGAGUCUCUCACAGAGGCGGAGCCAGACGGACCUGAGCAGGAAGCCCCUCCCACCUCAGCAGAGGAUGAACAUGACGCAGGACUGCCCAGUGGACCACACAGCUACAGACUGGAGGAACUGGCCUACACCAGGAGUGGAGACAAAGGAGACUCUGCUAACAUCGGAGUGAUAGCUCGUCACCCCCUCUUCUUUCCCUACCUGAAGAAACACCUGACUUCUUCUGUGGUGGAGGAAUACUUCUCUCAUCUGAUCCAGCCUGGAGUGAACAACACCGUCACACGGUACACUCUGCCGGGGAUCCACGGCCUCAACUUCGUCCUGCAGAGUUCACUGGGAGGGGGAGGGGUGGCGUCUCUACGCAGUGACCCCCAGGGUAAAGCUUACGGUCAGAUGCUGCUGGACCUGAAACUCAAAGGACUGCCAGACCUCAAGUCACUGGUGGACUGAGACACACAGAGACAAUACAAACAACAACAACAACGACACAUGACAGUAAAGGAACCUCCCGGUGAGAUGUUCUCAACACGUUUAACCUCAGCAGAAACACAGACAGAUCACUGAUGCAUCAUGUACAAACCUGACGAACACAAGAUCACAGUCACAGAUUUAUGUUUCGUGCACUGAGUUUUAUUCCUGCAGUCCACGGGCACAGAUGAGCCUCAUGAGAUUUAGCACAGAUUCACUCUGUGAACCAAACGAGAGGCUUCAGUCCAAUAAAACUCCAUCAAACAGUGUUUUAAUCAGCUUCACCAGGAGACACCACCACAACAAUUCUGCUGCACUAAAGUUCACACAGCCUCAGGAUGAUCAGAUGCUCCACAGCUUCUCAUCUCAAAUCUCACAUGUUCAGAUUUAAAACUGUUCCCAGAUCUGACACAUUAAAUUCAUGUUGAUAUAAAUGAUGGAAAUGAUUGACAGAAAAAUAAGAUCCAACUUAUAAUAAACCAAAUGAUCAAACUAUGAGCAAAAAAAAGAAGAGGAGAGAGGAGAACCCAGAGAGGGAGAUUCGUUAGGGUUCAACUAACUAACGAGCCUUCACACUCUACGUAAACUGAGGUGACUAACGUUAACUUUAGCAUCGUGGCUAGUUACCACAUGGUGGCAUCUAGUUACCACAUGGUGGCAUCUAGCAUCGUCACACCCUGUAGAGGCUGAAACAGACUAUGAUGGAGUCCAAACGAAAGGAAGUAAGGAAGGUUAUGAAACAUCCAAAGAAGUGUUUUGAAGAUUCCUGUGCAGCGUUAUAAGUGUCUUGAAUCCAGUUGUGAGCUCUUUGAAAUCCAAACACUACUAUUUUCACCAAAGUGGGUGCUAAAGGAAGCAUUUUAAGGAUCAUCCUGCUGCGAAGGAACUCAUUGUCUGCAUGUGUUUACAAGAACUUCCUUUUUAAAAACCUUAUUUGCUGCCUUUGUUCAGACUCCUUCAAAGUCUGUUUACAGUGUUUGAUAGAAAGCUUUUCCUGGCACCACAGAGAGCCCAGUGAGGUGAGGAUGAUAUACAACUUAUGCUUAGGCUGAACUGUUCCUUUAACUGUCUCUGUAGCUUGGACCAGUUUUUGGGUAAAGGGAACAUUUUUGGGGGUAAACGUCCACGUAGACUUCACAAUCUGGACCUGAGUUCCUCACCAGCUUCAGGCGAGCUGCUCCUGACCUCUGACUUCCUUCUAAAGGAGGAGCGGUGGUGGUUUGGGUUUCCCUCGGAGGGUAAACAAAGUAUCUGCCAUGAUCUGUGAGACGCUCCAGUCAGACAUCAGAGACUCAGGCCGAGCGGGCGGGACGCCUGGUUUCCCCCGGCUGAUUCACCUCGACACGACCCGGCUCCGAUGUUCGCCGCCCCGCAGGAAUGUGUGUCUCCUUCCACCAAAACCAGCUCUCUGGCUUCCAGUCUGUUUAUCCAUAAUUGCAAACAGACUGAAGCUGCAGUCGGAGUCACUCCGCAGCUUCCGUCGUGGCUGAAAACUCAUCUCACCCACCUCCUCUGAAUCAUAUCCCCCUUUCCCAAAUCUUCCUCCUCACGCUGCCGCAGUUUGCUCUCAUCAGUAAAGAUGAAACCUGACUCUCUUUGGAUGUCCAACUCUUUCCUGGCGUCCAUUUUUGAGUUCCAGGAAAACUGUUGAGCUACUGUUGCUGUUACCCUUGACUUUGACCUUUCUGGGAUGAAUUCAGUAUUUAAUCUGAACUCUUGCUGUUGGAUUUGUGACCUUCUGCUGAAUCCAAAAAACAUUUGCUCACAUGGUCGAGCCCAGACACAUAAGAGAACCACAUUAGACGGUCUGCCUGGAACAAUAACAAAACAAUGGUCUUCUAAACAGACGUACAAAGACUUUUACACACAAUAAAAGCAUCAUAAAUGACAACAAAACAAAUCCGUCCAGACGUGAAUUGAAAGCAGAGUUUCAUGAGUGUAAAUCAGACCAAUAAAAACAGUCACAUGGGACGAAUAAAAAAAACAUCAGUAUGUCUGUGGGAUUUAAAGACACUGAAGUGGUUGCAUUUGCAGAGCGAGGUGUUAAAAUCGAGGCUGUAAAUUCCAGCUCAUUUCUUGUUUCCAUAAAACCAAAUUGAAAAAAGACACGAGCUGCAGUGUUGUGUGGAAAUGCGCUCACAUCUUAAUGAUGACGAAGUUUGAGAGCAGAGCUUUGAGAUUCACAUCUGUCCAGCAUAUUGCCGCUUCCCAAAGCUCCGACCCUGCGAUUCCCAAGAAAUAUCUGCAAGAUUUGUGAGUUAAUUAGUUGGAGAAACAAUCCAUCACUGGGAAACAAUGUUUUCCACCUAAUUCUUCAUGCAACCCCCAGAAAAACAUGUCAGGCCUGUUUGAUGUAUGUGUGCAGGAAAAGAUCUGCGAGCAUUUGUUGCUCAUUUUUGAGCAUGUUUUAGUAAUUUUAGAUGCUUUCUUUUGUCUGAGACAAAUAUCAGACAUUCCUUCAGGAAAUAUUUGGGUCUAAACACAAGUUGUUGUUGUUUUUUUUAAAUCAGCAGGGAUUGUUGUUGAGUCCGUCCUCACUUCAUGUGGGACAAAGGUCCAAAUAUAUAAUGUAAAGGCUCCACACUUUUUUAUAUGAAAUAGUUAUGGUUCUGCUACGAACUAAAAGAAACAGGUGAAGAGACAGACGCUCAAGAUCCUGAUUGUCUGUCCCAAAUUUUAUGGUAAUCCACUCAGUAGUUGUUAUUUCAGUCUGGACCAAAAUGUCAGUAGUAGAUUAAAAGUAAACUGCAAAAACAGUCAAAGUCAAAGCAGUUCAAGCUCUUUGGCUAACCCAGUUCAAACUCUGGAAUAUCAAACAGGGGUAGAAUUUGUAUUUCUUUUUUGUUUUAAGCUACUCAAUACCUUAAAUAUCCGUCCUGAAUUUCAUGGUAAUCCUUCCAGUAGUUGUUGAGGCAUUUGAGUCUAGACCUGGGUUUUAUACCAGGGUAGGAGCUUUUUUUCCUUUAUUUUAACACACUUACGACCUCGAAUUGACUGUCUCAAUUUAUGUGGUAAUCCAUCCAAAAUGUUGGCUAGCUGGGCAAAAUAGCAAAGGUCCAAGCAUUGAGCCAAGUGGAACACCAUUUUCAUUUUAGUAGAUUUAAAAACAACAACAACAAAAAAAAAACAACACACACACACAAGCAAAAAGGCUCAAGGUUCUUUGGCUGAUUCUGAUUAAACUCUGCAAUAUCAAACAGGGGUAUAACUUGUUUUCCUUUGUUAUUUUAAGACACCCAAGACCUUGACCCAAGACCCCAAAUUUUAUAUUAAUCUAUCCAGUAGUUUUUGAGAUCUUUCAGUGUGGACCAAAGUGUUGCAAGUUGCUGUGAAAACGCAAGAAUUGAUACUAGUGGAACACCAGAGAGUGUUAGGUCCUAUUAACAGUUAUAAAACAACCAAUAAAACUGUAAAAACUCAGCUCAGCUGACUCUGGUCAAACUCUGCAAUAUUAAUCCACAGAGGAGCUUGUUUUCUUUUGUUUUCUUGAAGACAUGAACGUCUGUUCCAAAUUUCAGUGUAAUUCUCCCAGAAGAUAUUUUACCCUGGAACAAAAUGUCACUAGUAGGGUGACAAAAGCAGAGGUUCAAGCAUUGAGCCUUGUGGAAUGCCAGAAGGUCUUUUUACUUUAACACUUAAAUCAAUCAACAGAGACAACAACAAGCCCUACCUUCUUUAUAUUGGAAGAAAACCAGUUUUUGUUCUUAGUCUCUGAUUGAGACAGUUUAUUUGGGGAUUCGCUCACACCAGUCAUAAAUGCUUCGGCUGCAAAAUAAGCUAUAAAAUCUAUCAGUGAUGCAGCUUGUGAGAGAACAGAACACUGUUUUUGUGCAUAUAAUUAACAUCGACGCCACUUUCUCUCGUGCACUUGCAGCCAAAUACUGAGCAAACAUUGUAUUGUAUUAACAGGUAGAUGAGGUAAAUGUCUGGACAGCAGUUAUGAUGUGAUGUUUUUAUUGAUAUAUAUCAUGUAACAUACUUAGGAUACACAGAAAAACAACACAGGGAAGAUUAGGUCAUCUUCUACUGGGACAACUAACAGUUGAAGUGCCUUGUUCAUGGGCAGCUUAUCGUUAUUACACCUUUAGAUGUUCCAACCUGGGAUUUAAACCACUGACCCUUUUUAAAUUGCCAUUUCUCUUUUUGUGACUGAAUCAAACUGUAAGUGCAUUAUUCAGACAUUGUUUUCUGUUUCUCAUCUUCUCUUGACCUUUUCGGUACAUUACAAAGUUUACAGGAUUAUGGUCAAACUCUCUGUUCUCCAUGUGAAGCCUUAAUGUGGAACCAUGAGUGCUUUUUGUAUCACUACAACCAAUUCAAUGUCAACAUUUUCUCAUGUUAUUUCUCUUUGCACAUUUUGGAAAUAUCUCCAAAAUAUCUCUAAAACUCAAAAAUUCAAGCAACUAUAACAUGUAAAGAAAAAAAUGACUCCUCUGCCAUCUUUGAUUAUUUUAUUGUAGAAGUUUGAUUCUUCUGCUUAGACAGAAAAUCACUGAAUGCAUUAAAAGAGUUAUUAACUUCUGUAUGAUUUUGUAGAUACUAAACUGAAGUGACAAAUUAAAAAUAUUUUUGGGAA